AUGGCCAGCCCGCGAACUGCGAGCUGCGAGUGCGACGAGCUGAGAGCCAAGCUGAAGAGAGCCGUGAUUGUCAUCGAAGCACUUAAGUCGAGGGUCACCGACCUGGAGACUUCCUCCGCGCGCCGGGGCGCCAUCGGCGGCCGGCAGCGCGUGGGCCAGACCUUGGACGAGGCGGUGACAGGGGAAUUGCAGCGCAAGGAAGAAGAGGUGAAGACUAUGCGGGAGGCGGUCAUUGAGCUCAGCGCCCAGGUGGCGGAAAAGGAAGCUCAGCUGGCCAUGAACCAGGAGCGCAUCGCGGACUUUGUGAACCGCGAGGCGACGCGCCAGGAGAAGCUUCCACUGGCCUCCCCAGAGAAGCACUACCCUGGCGGCUGGAAGCCUCCGGUGCGCGGCUCCCUCGCGCCGCCCGCGGCUCCGGCGGCUUCAGCGGCGCCUCCGGCGGAAGGGGAGGGCCGGCUGUGGGAACUGCAGCGGCUGCGCAUGCAGCAGCUGAUGCGACAGAUGGAGGACCGGGUGGAGGAUUUCAGGUCCAGCAGCCUCAACGAGCUCCAGUCCCAGUGGGCCGCCUGGGUGAGCCGCGCCACUGAGGCCUGGGCAUGUGGCCUCGUGCACUUGGUCGCCCAAAGCGGCAGCGCUGCGGCCGCACUGGAACUGCCGGAGGGGGGCGGGUGCCGCAUGGCCUGCGCGGGGUUGGACGGGAAGCUGCGGAUCUUCGGGAAGCACAGCGAGCAGCUGGCGGCCCUCGAGCUGGACACCUCCUGCUGUAAAGUGGAGGCCAAGUUGGAGGAGCUGGUCUUCCUGGUCUUCGGCUUCGGUGGCCGCACCAGGAGUGCUGUCACAGAGCGACCUGACUUUGUCAUAGAUUGCAAGAAGCUGCAGACCUCGCCGUCAGAGCAAUUCUCCAAAUGGCCGCUGGGCCAUAGAGCGAGCGGCAGGAACUCGCUGGGAUGA